GACAACCCAGCCCUGAAGCUUACUAUCCGAUGGUCUCCUGGGCAUGAAAAGAUCCCCGGAAAUGAACAUGCAGACCAAGAGGCAAAACUCGCUGCAGAAGGUAAAGUCAGUCCUAACGACCAACUACCACAGGUUCUCUGCCAAGGCCCGCUACCGCACAGUGUCUCCGCGAUCAAGCAAGCCUACCGUGCCCAAACGAAACGCACGUGGCAGAUCGAAUGGGCGCGAUCCCCUCGCUAUGCCAAAACCGCAGCGAUUGACGCCAAACUCCCGUCGGCUUCAUACCUGGACCUCACGGAAAGCCUCACACGUCCUCAAGCUUCCCUCAUUAUGCAACUG